AUGGGUUUAGCGUGGCGUUGGAGAAGGAUCUCGGUCCUGUUACUCGCUUUUCUGGCACAGUGUUUGAGCGACCCAGAAAUCUACUACGAGAAGCAACGUUACGAUGGAUGGUUCAACAAUAGAGCGUAUCCGGAUUGGGGAUCGGUUGGUAGCAGACUGACGCGAAAGACACCCGCGUCGUACGCAGAUGGAGUAUACAUGAUGGCUGGAGUGGAUAGACCUGGUGCUAGGGCUUUAUCGAAGCUAUUCAUGAGAGGCCAAGAUGGAUUGCCUUCACUUGCCAACCGAACGGCGCUCCUAGCUUUUUUCGGUCAAGUGGUAACAGGAGAAAUAGUAAUGGCUUCAGAGUCGGGAUGUCCGAUAGAGCAGCAUCGAAUCCCGGUUGAUAAAUGUGAUCACAUGUACGACCCUGACUGCGACGGUGUGAAGCAUAUGCCGUUCCAUAGAGCCGCUUACGAUAGGUCUACUGGCCAGAGUCCUAAUAGUCCAAGGGAACAGAUAAACCAAAUAACAUCGUGGAUUGACGCGAGUUUCGUGUACAGCACAAGCGAAGCCUGGGUGAAUGCAAUGAGGUCAUUUCAGAACGGAAGCUUAGCCAGUGAAGGUGGUCUACCGUUGCGAAACAAGAAACGUGUACCGCUCUUCAAUAACCCAGUUCCACAUUACAUGAAGAUGCUGAGCGCUGAAAGGUUAUUUUUACUGGGAGAUCCGAGAACCAACCAAAACCCAGCUAUGGUUACCUUUGGAAUACUCCUGAUGAGAUGGCACAACGUGGUAGCAGCCAGAAUCCAUAAGCAACAUCCAGAUUGGACUGACGAACAAGUCUUUCAACGAGCUAGGCGUAUUGUUAUAGCUAGCUUGCAGAGUAUCAUCCUAUACGAAUAUGUGCCAGCUUUCCUCGGUGUACCUGUCCCCGAAUACCAAGGAUACCGGGCUGAAGUCGCUCCAGGUGUAACUCACGCGUUCGCAGUAGCUGCCUUCCGUUUCGGACACACUCUUGUACCACCAGCCAUUCUACUGCGGGACAGGAAUUGUAGAUACGGCAGAGCUCCGGGUGGUCAUGACGCUAUACGGCUAUGUCAGACUUGGUGGGAUGGUAACGAUGUAAUGUCUCAAGUACCGAUAGAAGAAGUCCUGAUGGGUAUGGCAUCUCAAUUAUCAGAAAGAGAGGAUGCACUUCUAUGCUCUGAUGUCAGAGACAACCUUUUUGGACCCAUGGAGUUUUCUAGAAGGGAUCUUGGUGCCCUGAACAUUAUGAGAGGAAGAGACAAUGGAUUGCCUGAUUACAAUACAGCACGAACGUACUUCGGCUUGCCAAAAGUGAAAACCUUCAACGAAAUCAAUCCUCAAUUAUUCGAAGAUAAUCCCGACUUAUUACAAAAGCUGGUACAAGUUUACAACGGGCGUUUAGAUAACAUAGAUGUUUAUAUAGGUGGUAUGUUGGAAUCUACGGGUCAUCCUGGGGAGUUGUUUCGGGCGAUCAUCGUAGACCAAUUCACGAGAAUAAGAGAUGGGGACAGAUUUUGGUUUGAAAACGAAGUUAACGGAAUAUUCACUCGAAAAGAAAUAGAAGAGAUCCGCCGUAUAACGCUUUGGGACAUAAUAGUGAACAGUACCGCGGUGGGUCCAGGCGAUAUCCAAAGAGAUGUUUUCCAUUGGGGGGAUGGUGACCCAUGCAGACAGCCCUACCAACUGAACGCAUCUAAGCUACCACCGUGCAAGUAUCUUAAGGGAUACGAUUACUUUGAGGGAAACGAAUUUGCAUACAUUUACACGUGCCUUAUACUUGCGUUCGUACCAAUAUUGUGCGCCGGCGCUGGCUAUGGAGUUGUGAAGCUGCAGAACAGUAGAAGGCGAAAGUUGAAGUUGCAGCAGGAAAAUAUGAAAAAUACUCAGACUAAAGGUUCCGCUGAUAAAAUGGUCUGCCGAGAAUGGGUUCACGCAUCACACAAACGAUUAGUGAAACUCCGCCUCGGACCCGAACCCGCACUGCACGUUACUGAUCGCAAAGGAGAAAAACUUCGCACCGUGCCAUUGGAUCAUACUGAUCAAUUUACGAUUAUAGAGAGUCAGGAAAGUCACAACAAACGUCCACUUGUAUUAAUACGUGUUCCCCGCGAACACGACUUGGUAUUGGAGAUGGAUUCUGCGGCGUCACGGAGGAAGUUCUUGCUUAAACUGGACACUUUUCUUGCACAACAUAAGAAGACUUUAAGUCUUACUCAGGCAGCUCGGGAGAACAUAUUAACUUCAGCGGAGACUCGAGAGAGGAGACAAAGGAAGUUGGAACACUUCUUCAGGGAAGCCUACGCGAUUACAUUCGGCUUAGCGCCAGGGGAGAAACGACGACGCAAUGAAGACGCAGAUCCGGAGUCUAUUGUAAUGAGAACAUCCUUAUCCAAAUCUGAAUUCGCUAGCGCACUUGGAAUGAAAGCCGAUGCCGUCUUCGUCAAGAAAAUGUUCAAUAUCGUUGACAAAGACAGCGACGGGAGAAUAUCUUUUCAGGAGUUCUUAGACACUGUGGUUCUCUUCUCUCGUGGCGCAACAGACGAUAAACUCCGUAUAAUAUUUGAUAUGUGUGACAACGAUAGAAAUGGGGUUAUAGAUAAGGAGGAACUGAGCGAAAUGUUACGAUCGCUAGUUGAGAUCGCUAGGACCACCUCCUUGAGGGAUGAGCACGUUACUGAACUGAUAAAUGGAAUGUUUUCGGACGCUGGACUUCAACACAAAGAGCAUUUAACUUACUCAGACUUUAAGCUCAUGAUGAAGGAGUACAAAGGGGAAUUUGUAGCAAUCGGUUUGGACUGUAAGGGCGCUAAGCAAAAUUUCCUUGACACUUCUACUAAUGUUGCUAGAAUGACAAGUUUUCAACUUGAACCAUCGAUGGAGCAGACACGGCAUUGGCUUCUUCUCAAAUGGGACUACCUUACAACGUUCCUGGAAGAAAACCGCCAAAACAUAUUCUAUCUGUUCAUCUUUUAUGUAGUCACCAUUGGCUUGUUUGUGGAGAGAUUUGCACAUUAUUCCUUUAUGUCUGAACAUCUCGAUCUGAGACACAUUAUGGGUGUCGGUAUUGCUAUCACUAGAGGAUCAGCUGCUUCGUUGUCUUUCUGUUACAGUCUGUUACUGCUAACUAUGUCCAGGAAUUUGCUCACUAAAUUAAAGGAAUUCAGCGUCCAACAAUACAUACCGUUAGACUCCAGUAUCCAGUUCCAUAAGAUAGUCGCUUGUACCGCUUUGUUCUUCUCUCUCAUUCAUACGGCAGGCCACAUGGUCAACUUCUACCACGUCUCCACUCAACCAGUAGAAAACCUUAGAUGCCUGACCAAGGAAGUCCACUUCACCUCUGAUUUUCGACCAGGAAUCACUUAUUGGGUUUUCCAAACUAUUACUGGGGUGACUGGGGUACUCCUGUUCAUCAUUAUGUGCAUUAUCUUCGUAUUCGCUCACCCCGUGGUCCGGAAACGGGCAUACCCUUGGUUCUGGCGAGCACAUUCUCUUUACUUUGUCUUGUACGCGCUCUGCCUUGUGCAUGGCCUCGCAAGACUCACUGGUGCACCUCGCUUUUGGAUCUUCUUCAUGGGACCUGCUAUUAUCUACACGCUUGAUAAGGUGGUGUCAUUGCGGACAGAAUAUUUAGCGUUGGAUGUAUUGGAAACGGAAAUGCUACCCUCAGAUGUCAUAAAAAUAAAGUUCUAUAGGCCGCCCAACCUCAAGUAUCUAUCAGGUCAGUGGGUCCGACUAUCGUGCACCGCUUUCAAAAAAGAGGAAUACCACUCCUUCACCCUAACAUCAGCCCCUCAUGAGAACUUCCUCUCCUGUCAUAUUAAGGCACAAGGACCCUGGACUUGGAAGCUGAGGAAUUACUUCGACCCUUGCAAUUAUAACCCAGAAAAUCAACCGAAAAUAAGGAUCCAGGGUCCCUUCGGAGGUGGAAACCAAGAUUGGUACAAAUUCGAGGUGGCUGUAAUGGUAGGAGGCGGUAUUGGCGUUACACCUUAUGCGUCAAUACUUAACGAUCUGGUAUUCGGUACAUCAACAAACAGAUAUUCAGGGGUAGCUUGUAAAAAGGUAUACUUUCUUUGGAUUUGUCCAUCCCACAAACACUUCGAGUGGUUCAUAGAUGUACUACGCGACGUGGAGCGCAAGGACGUGACGAAUGUUCUAGAAAUACACAUCUUUAUUACGCAGUUUUUCCACAAGUUUGACCUGAGGACUACCAUGCUGUACAUAUGUGAAAACCACUUCCAACGUCUCUCGCGCACGUCCAUGUUCACGGGUUUGAAGGCAGUGAACCAUUUCGGAAGACCGGAUAUGUCUUCAUUCCUCAAGUUUGUGCAGAAGAAGCACAGCUAUGUGUCCAAAAUUGGUGUGUUCUCUUGUGGCCCACGCCCUCUCACCAAGUCAGUUAUGUCCGCCUGCGAACAAGUUAACCGGACCCGACGACUACCUUACUUCAUACACCAUUUCGAGAACUUCGGCUAA